AUGGUGGUAAAGCGCAGCUACAAGCCCCACUGGCCAGAUGAGCUUGCGCUGACCCGGGGUGAGUUCAUCCUGGUUCUGUGUAAAGAUGAUGAGGCCCGGUGGUUUGGGCGGCUGCAAAACGGACAGCAGGGAUACUUCCCGGCCUCGCAUGUCAUGGAGCAGAGCCACCAGGAUGAUGAGCCAGCUAAAGACGUCCGCCGCUUAGCGAGACGGGGUUCAGCUCCGGCCACGUAUGCAGGUGGUACUGGCGCACUCAGGCUGCAGGCCCUCCGCAGAGCCAGCAGAGCAGCGGCAGGAGGGGGGCCGGAGGGGGCCGGGGGGGCCGAGGGGGAGAGAGAGGGCCCCAUCCUGAUACUGAAGGCCCAGAUCUCUCUCCCUAACAGGCUGCCCCAGCCCCUGCCCCAACCCCAGCCACAGACACACAGCUCCCCAAGCUUCCUCCACAGGAUCCUAUCCAAGCACCGUCGGAGGAGUGAUUGUCAUGGGUCCAGCAACACGGGCUACAUGGCCGACUAA